UUGUUGAGUGUUAGCAGAUUGACAGAGCGAGAAUGGCGUUUGCUUUGUCCCGUAUUCGUACGAUCUUUUCAUCCUCCUCCUCUCUGUCUCUUCAAUUCCCUCUUCUCUGCUCAACUCACCGGCUCUCCUCCGCCGCGUUUGAUGGAACCGACGACGCCCAACAACGGUAUUUAGAAGAAGAGGCCGAACGCCUCUCCGCUCUCCUUCUCCAGCACCACAAUCCCUUCCACGCCAUGGAGUCUUCCCUCCAACUCCACGGCAUUACCCUCUCCCCUCCCCUCAUCUACCACACCCUACUCCGCCUCAGGAACCUCUCCAAAGUUGCCCUGUCCUUCUUCGUCUACGCCAAGUCCCAACCUCAUUUCCGCCACCACUCCUCCGCCUACGACCUCAUGAUCGACAUCCUCGGCAAAGUCCGCCAAUUUGACGUCGCCUGGCAGCUCAUCGUCGAAAUGGACCAAUCAAAUCUGAGACCCACUUCCACAACUUUUGGGAUUUUGAUUCGCCGGUUGAUUGCCGCGGGCCUUACUCGCCAAGCAGUCCGCGCUUUCGACGACAUGGAGUGUUUUAUUGAGAAAGUUGCAGGCUGCGACGAGUUCUGUUUUCUUCUCGACACGCUCUGUAAGUAUGGGUACGUGAAGCUCGCGACGGAGAUUUUUAACCAGAGGAAGUACAGGUUUGAUCCCAGUGCGAAAAUGUAUACCGUUUUAAUUUACGGGUGGUGCAAGAUUAGCAGAGUGAGGAUGGCCGAGAGGUUCUUUAGGGAAAUGGGCGAUCGGGGGAUUGAGCCGAAUGUGGUAACCUAUAACGUACUUCUGAAUGGGAUUUGUCGGAAGGCGAGCUUGCAUCCGGAUGAGCGAUAUGAGAGGACCAUUCAAAGUGCAGAGAAGUUACUCGAUGAAAUGCGUCAGAGAGGGGUGGAGCCCGACGUGACUAGCUAUUCCAUAGUUCUUCACGUAUGUAGUCGAGCGCAUAAACCAGUGCUGUGUCUUGAUAAGUUAAGGGUGAUGCAAGAGAAGGGGAUAUGUCCUAGUGUUGCGACAUAUACUUCGGUUGUUAAAUGUCUUUGCUCAUGUGGGAGGCUUGACGAUGCUGAGGCAUUGCUCACUGAGAUGGAAGGCAAUGAGGUGAGUCCAUCUGCAGCAACAUAUAAUUGUUUCUUUAAGGAAUAUAAGGGAAGGAAGGAUGUGGAUAGUGCUUUGCGAUUGUAUAGGAAGAUGAAGAAAGAGUCUUCUUACUUGCCCAGUAUGCAAACUUACAACAUAUUAGUAGCCAUGUUUGCAAAGUUGAAUCGCAUGGAUCUUGUGAUUGAACUGUGGGAUGAUAUGAAAGAGAGUGGAGCUGGACCAGAUUUGGAUUCAUAUACAUUGUUGAUUCAUGGAUUGUGUGAGAAGCGGAAGUGGAGAACUGCCUGUCAGUUUUUUGUUGAGAUGAUAGAGAAGGGGUUUCUUCCACAGAAGGUCACUUUUGAGACCCUUUACCGGGGCUUGAUACAGUCAGAUAUGUUGAGAACUUGGAGAAGAUUGAAGAAGAAACUUGAGGAAGAAGCAGUAACAUUUGGUUCAGAAUUUGAACAUUAUCAUUUUAAGCCCUAUAGGAGAUAAAGGUAUUGUCGCUUAGAAGCUAUGACAUUAUUGAUUCAUGGAUUGUGUGAGAAGUGGAAGUGGAGAACUUGUUCCUUUUUUGUUGAGUUGAUAGAGAAGAGGUUUCUUUCCACCGUUCCACAAAAGGCCACUUUUGAGAUCCUUUGCUCUGGGGCUUUAUACAGUCAGAUAUGUUGAGAAUUUGGAGAAGAUUGAAGAAGAAACUUGAGGAAAAAGCAACAACAUUUGGUUGAGCAUUUGAACAUUAUCAUUUUAAGCCCUAUAGGAGAUGAGGACAUUGUUGCUUAGAAGCUACAGCGUAUGCAUAAAAUCUCAACAUCAUAAGGCACUCUAGAGCAUUUUCUUUCACGUGGUUUUUACCUCUUUUUUCUUCUUCCUUUUUAAUAUCAUAUGGUGAAAGGUCCUAUUGCAUAUGAAAGUGGAACUGAUGUCUUGCUGUUGUAACAUGUGCCAAUAUCUUUUGCAAAUAAGCCUUUGGAUAUUGAGCUGUCACAAGCAGUAUUUCUAAAUUCCUUACGACAUGCAACUAAAAUGAGUUCUCGCUAAUGGAAAAGUGGUCACAAGCAGUACUUCUAAAUUCCUUACGACAUGCAAUUGAAAUGAGUUCUUGCUAAUGGAAAAGUGGCACUUUGAAA